UACGUACACGCGGAUUCACCUCUGGUCUGGUUGUGUGCCGUGUGUUUGUUCGGUAUAAUUAUUAUUAUUAUUAUAAUAUUUUAUUUAUUAAACGGCAAUAACACGGUGCACGUUGAUCAUUGACACAAAAAGCGAUCGCACGUUGGUCCGUCACGUUCGCGACACUAUAUAUUAUUAUUGUUCAUUUUACCUGUGGUCAUUAUAAUAAUUGUUAACGUCGCGCUACACUUACCUAUCCAUCUGCCUGCAUCACCACUCGUCUAGAAGUGAAUUUCAAAAACCUUUUAAGCAUAUUUUUUCAUAUAGCUGGUUUUACGCAUCGCUGCUGUCACACGUCGGAUUUGUCGCCACCACCGCAUGCGGUUCACACGAAUAUCGAUUUUGCCAGAUAUAAAUCCGCGGUCCAACAACAACCAUGUGACACGAAUCACACGCACAGGAACCGAAUGAAAAUCUGUCUCCUAGUCUGCUAUUCCGAACCCUGCGAUCGACGGUCAUAAUAUUAUUAUAUCUUAUCGCGUCGACUACGACGACGACAAAAGCUCUAUUGGUUUCGGCAGUACACCAGCAGCAUCAUCAUCUACGCAUCUACGUGGCGGUGGACCGUCCUCGUUUAAUAUGCUACGCAUAUCAAAUUUCAGCAAACGACAGUGGUUGACGUUAAUCGUUUUCAGUAUCGCCGACUUUUGUAACGCCAUCUGCGUAUCAUUGCAGGCUCCGUUCUAUCCGCAAGAGGCUGAAAAGAAAGGAGCCACUGCAACCGAGUAUGGUUUCGUAUUCGGUAUUUUUGAACUGGUCGUAUUUUUAAUCAGUCCCGUUUAUGGAAAACAUUUGAAUAGGAUCGGACCCAAAUAUCUGUUCAAUGGAGGAAUAUUCACAACAGGAGUAUGUGCAAUUUUAUUUGGAUUUUUGGACAGGGUGGAAGGUCAUUACCCAUUCAUCAUAUUAUCAUUCGUCAUACGUAUCGUUGAAGCGAUGGGAAAUGCGGCAUUUUUGACAGCCAGUUUUGCCAUCAUUGCCAUGGAGUUUCCGGACAAUGUGGCUACCACAUUUGCUUCUCUUGAGACAUUUUUCGGACUUGGGCUGAUUGUUGGACCAACCGUCGGCGGAGCUUUGUAUCAAGUCGGAGGCUUUGUAACUCCAUUUUUAGUUUUGGGUUCUACACUAUUCCUUUCGGCUGUCAUGACGGCGUUUGUAUUACCCGACCACCCGAAUCGUAGAAAUGACGUUACUAGUGAUGCUAGUCUGUUGAAAGUAUUGAAAAUUCCUGGUAUAAUGUUAGCGGCCGCUAGUAUUAUCGUAACGUCUAUGAGCAUUGGGUUCUUGUCGGCCACCUUGGAACCACAUCUCAGACAAUUCAAUUUGUCUCCAAUGGUCUUGGGGCUGAUGUUCGUCAUAAACGGUGGAACUUAUGCAUUGACGGCGCCCUGGUGGGGUUGGCUAUGCGACAAAGUGGUGCCCGCCAAGGUCGUCACGUUGCUGGGGUGCAUCAUACUCAUGAUCGGAUUCAGUCUUAUCGGCCCUGUGCCGUUUAUCCAAGGACCGACAAAAUUUUCCGUCACCGUACUGGGUUUGGUGAUGCACGGAAUGGGAAUUGGCGCACAACUUGUUGCAUCGUUCACCGACGCUCUGCGGACCGCCAUUCAACACGGAUUUGCCAAUAACCUUGAAACUUAUGGUCUGAUAUCGGGACUUUGGACUUCCACUUUUGCACUCGGAGCUUUUAUCGGUCCUUCAAUUGCUGGUGUGCUGUACGAUAUAGUAGGAUUUGGCGCAGCUACUUUAUUUGUUAUCGUCUUAUCUGCUGUUGUAGGUGUGGCCGUAGCGCUGUUCUUGAUCUUCUCCCGGCCACCCAGGCUGGCCAAAGACGUGCACAGUCUGGACAACCUGAUGGACCCGCUGGUCAAGUCCGUGACGGAGAACGGUGGAGGGUACAACGGUCACAUGACUUCAGCACUCACGUGCCCGGUGCCCCCGGAACGGCCACCCGGCAUGGAAGGCAUAAUCGCGUGCAGCAGCUACAAAAACCGAUUGGGCACGUGGAACCGGAAGGAGAGCGAACUGGUCAUCGGAAGUCACAUCGGCAACAGCUACGCCGACGAGACCAGAGGUCUGCUGGGCUGACCGCCACCGCGAGUUCAACACGAUUUAUCACGUUGUUAUACAAUAUCACGAUAUAUUAUUGUUAUCACUACUACAUUCGCUUCUACAAUCUGUCCACGUAUGAUAUUUUAUUUUUUUUAAUCGUAUUUUUGAGUUUUUUGUUUUGUUUUUUCGUUUUUGAAAUAUCGAAUACCGAUAGUCGUGUAAACAGUUUAGGCCAGUUUUUACCCCUCCCCCACGCUGCCGUAUUUUACUCAUUUUACACAAUUUUACACCAACGUACUUAACAGAUAAAUACCGAUUUUCCGGCGUGACCAACAAAAACCACCACCUCCCCAUUAUUUAGGUAUAGUCACCGUCUCAUAAUACUGUUAUCGUUAUGCCAUUGUUGUUUAUAUUAUUAUUAGUAUUGUUUUGUUUUUUACAUUUUUUUUCUUCGUGUCGUAUA